CUUUCUUUUCUUCUCCUCCUUCCCAAUUGAAAUGACGCGGAACCAGACUGAAUAGCUCCCGGUCUCUUGCCUGCCCAAUCUCUAGAGCUCCGUCUCCGACUUACAUUCGUCGGAGAUUCAAAUUCGUUCCGGCGAUCCUAUAGUCCUCCAAAAUUACUCCAACUCCUCAACGAGAACAGAUGGAAGAAGAAGAACUCCAUUGCAAUAGUUCGUCACAAGCACCUGUUGGGGAUCUGAAUAAUCAGUGCAUAAAGCAGGAUGGCAAAGGAGAAACCGAGGUGUUGGAUGCUCGAACCUCCCUUGAAGAGAAGAAAGAGUUUGUUGCACCAGCAGUAGGAAUGGAAUUCGAGACCUAUGAUGAUGCAUACAACUACUAUAACUGCUACGCCAGAGAAGUUGGAUUUCGUGUUAGAGUCAAGAACUCCUGGUUCAAGAGGAACAGCAAAGAGAAGUAUGGUGCAGUGCUUUGUUGCAGCAGCCAAGGGUUCAAACGAAUUAAAGAUGUAAACCGCCUGAGGAAGGAAACCCGAACCGGUUGUCCUGCAAUGGUAAGGAUGAGGCUCGUGGAAUCUAUGAGGUGGCGUGUGCUGGAAGUUGCCCUUGAACAUAAUCACUUGCUAGGCAGUAAGCUCCAUAAAUCGAUCAAGAAGAUCAAUGGUGGUAGCACCAAAAGGAAGGUAUCGAGUACGGAUGGUGAGGUGCGAAAGAUUAAGCUCUACCGGGCACUUGUUAUAGAUUCUGGAGGUCAAACAGGAUUAAGUGCAAGAGAAGUAAAAACAUUUCCCGAGCUUCCUAAUCAGCUGAACUUGAAAAAGGGUGAUGCACAAGCUAUCUACAACUACUUUUGUAGAAUGCAGUUGACCAAUCCGAGUUUCUUCUACUCGAUGGAUCUGAACGACGAGGGGCAUCUGAGGAACGUUUUCUGGAUCGAUGCUAGGUCGAGGGCUUCGUGCAGUUACUUUGUCGACAGCAUAUUUGUAGACAACUCGUACUUGUCAGGUAAAUAUGAGAUCCCUCUCGUCACAUUUGUGGGAACGAAUCACCAUGGUCAGUCUGUCUUGCUUGGAUGUGGUCUACUUUCUGGCGAGACAACCGAGUCUUACCUUUGGCUAUUCAAGACAUGGCUCCACUGCAUACCGGGAAGAAUGUCUCCACAGACCAUUAUCACCGACAGGUGUAAGUUCUUGGAGAAAGCAAUUGCACAGAUGUUUCCCAAAUCACACCAUUGUUUCAGUUUGGUACACAUCAUGAGACGAAUUCCUGAGAAACUAGGAGGCUUAGGAAACUAUGAUGCAAUUAGGAAGGCAUUUGGGAAAGCGGUUUAUGAUUCGAUGAAAGUAAUUGAGUUUGAAGCAGCAUGGGGCUACAUGAUCCAGCUUGUUGGAGUUUCUGACCACGAAUGGCUUCGAUCAUUGUAUGAAGAUCGCCUCAAGUGGGUCCCGGUGUAUCUCAAGGAUGCAUACUUUGCUGGUAUAGGAGAGAAUCUUCAUCCGUUCUUCGACAAGUACAUCCACAAGCAAACACCAUUGAAGGAGUUCCUCGAUAAGUAUGAGCUGGCAUUGCACAAGAAGCACAAGGAGGAAACCCUCGCUGAUAUCGAGUCGAGAAGCGCUUCGGCACUUGCCCUGAGGAGCAGGUGCUCAUUCGAGCUGCAGCUUUCCAAAGUCUACACUAGGGAGCUGUUCAAGAAAUUUCAGUUCGAGGUGGAAGAGAUGUAUUCAUGUUUCAACACGAUGCAGAUUCACGUGGAUGGCCCAAUUGUGAUAUUCCUGGUCAAGGAAAGGGUUCUGCUUGGUGAAGGGAACAGGAGAGAAGUGAGGGACUAUGAGGUUCUGUACAAUAGAAGUGGGUCAGAAGUUCGUUGCAUAUGCAGCCGCUUUAACUUCUCUGGUUAUUUGUGUCGGCAUGCUUUGUGUGUACUGAACUUUAAUGGCGUGGAGGAAGUUCCUGGAAGGUAUGUACUGUCCAGAUGGAGGAAGGAUUACAAGCGGAUGUAUGUGCCUUCGGAUCAUGGCUCGGGUGAAGCUGUCGUUGAUGCUACUGACCGUGUGGAGUGGCUCAACCGGUUGCAUCGGAGUGCUUUGCGGAUCGUGGAAGAAGGGUUGGGUUCGGUCGAGGGUUAUGAUGCUGCGUUGCAGGCCUUUGAGGAGUCGCUGAAUAGGGUUCAUGAGGUGGAAGAACGAGUGAAUGUGUAGAGAAUGUGCAGUUGGUUCAUUAUCAUUCUUUUGUACAAAUGGAGGCUUUGUUUCGAUUGAAUCUUGUGUAUAAAAACUAAAAAGGUUGGAAGUGUGACUAACAUGAUGUAUCUUCUGUGACUCUGAAAUGCGAACUUCGUUCGAGUUGAACAAUCAAGGAAUUUUCUUUGCUCAAUUGCUUCAAGAAUCUUAGUUUGAGCAAACUUCAUG